AUGACAAGACACACCUGGAAGGUUGCAGAUGCCGGCGUAAUGCUGUGGGAGCCGGCCGUAGAAGCUGCGACAGCUACAGCACUGCCCGAAGCGCAUGCUCUAGAGCAACCAGACAACGUGGCAGAAACUGAUAUUCAAGCUGGUAGUCACGAUGACUGCGAACACAGCAAUAGGCAGGACUUGGUGCUACCUUCUUUAGAAGGCUUCUUCGGGUCGUAUACAAAGGAUGAGCCUGGCGAAGAUCUUAGAUCAGAAACUCCUCUGGACACGUCACAGUACGCAUCAGGGACUACCGAGUCGUUCUCAAGUCCCUGCCCACUAUUUUCAAGCAAAGUUGCCUCUACUAAGCUACACAAUUCUUCGAAGACAAGCCGUCGUCUCGAAGUUUCUAAUAUUAAACGAACACCACCGGUACGUCGAACUCUUAACUUCGGGAUGACAAACGUCCGCAAGACACUCGAUGCCGUACCAAAAUAUGGUGAGCCUAGUGGCUUCGAUUCAUUAGCAGCAUUGAAACGCCUCGAACGUGACCCACCCCACCAGUGGGAUGAAGAUGAGCGGGAGCUACUGACGAUCCUUUACCGAUGGUACAAUGACAAAGACGCAACGACGCUUCCGAGGACUUUCAAUGCUGUUACCGACCAAGAUCUACGACUUUCAGUUAUUCGCUAUCAGUUCGACAGCCACCUGGUCUUGUACGGCCCACGUGCUUACCCAGAAUUCGGUCGCGUCAUGGCUGUACCUUUUCAUGAUCCUAUGCAGAAGUAUGGUGGAAUACAUGCGAUCAUCGAAGAGAAGGCGACUGAAUAUGGCAUCAACUUGUCGCGGCGGAGAAUUGAGGUUAAACGAAAGUCUGGUUUAGCUCAAUACGCGAAAUCUCCAACUACAAGGAAGUAUUGGAAGUCCCUAGUCCGGCGCGCGGCAGAGAGGGAGAGGAAGAUGCGUUGUGUACCUCUAGCGCCAAAUGUUCAAGGAUCAUCAGCACAGGUUCCUCCGCUUGGAGGAGUAACACUAGCAGCGGACGUCAAAUAUGAAGAUGAAGAGAACUGGUCGGAUGUUGAGGACCUUAACAUAUCCGCAGUUACAUUCACGCAACUAAGCCCUAGUUCCUUGCCUACCACCAAUUCCAUUGGGUUCAGGGUGUGGGAUGCAAACAGCAGGACGAUGUUCGACGAAGAGACUGGCUUCGUGAGCCAAGCGUUCUCAAUCUGGAGGGGAGAGUUGCCACCGCCUUUCUCCCCUGAUGGUCAAGGACGACAGGCGAUCAUGUUUCUCUCAAACUUGCACCUCUCAAUGAGCGGUGGCGCAUCCGCCUUUGUAUCUGUCUCAACAAGUCUUCUACAGGCGCUCGUAAAGGCUUCUACAAUGGAAGACCCCAGAAUAGCUGUCGUUGCACUCGACCACGCUUUGCUCCAACAGCCACACAAGACCUUGCCGGCGGCAGACAUCUUGCGCAUGUUAAAAGCAGAAGGCCAAGCUUGGUGGGCGAGAUAUAAAGGACAUGCAGAGCGGAUGGUAUGGGCUUCUGUGCCUGCUGCAGCCAUCAUCUCUCACUUCCCGCUCUCAAAAUUGCGCCAACUCUCCAAUCAAGAAAAAACAUGCGAAGAUAUACUAAGUCUCAACGAGAUAGAGUCUGGGCGCAGGACGCAACAUGUCUCUUCGCAAUUACGAGACAAGAACAACGCCAUCAGCGUUAGCACAUCACGAGCUAUGGCUAUGGUGUCUCGCAUAUUUGGCAUGCAUCGCUGUAGCGUAAGCUUAACUCACAUCAAAGGGCUCGUAUCGUCCCUGGUCGACUCGUUCCAGUUGGAACAGGUCUCAUCACAAAGCAACUAUACCUCAAGAAUGAUCUCUAGAGCAUUCGCUGUAACACUUAGAUCGCGGGCGCAUUGCAUCCAAGACAUCGAAGUUGCAUUCAAGGACGGCGUGGAGCAAGGGACAGCGACCAUCGCAUUCUACGCCCGCCGCCGGCGCACUAUAAAGACAUGA